CCUCACACCCCUCCUCCGCUCUUGAGGACCUCAAAACCCCAAGCCCACCGCCACACAGAGUCGCCCACCAGGUCACAGAGCCGUGUUUUUUUACCAUAGUGCGGCAACAACUCGAUCGAAUCCUUCCCAAACAUCUCCUGCUGCUUCCGCAACACCAUGGCUAAUUCUCCCCUCCCAAUCUCCAACCAGCCGGCUUUCAACCAAGAAUCAGACCCAAUCACACCAAAAUGGUCACCUAUCGCUGCAGCCAUCAUCUCCACAGUAAUACUCUUAACCGUAAUUGCCUUUUGCAGUCUAUGUGGAAAGCAUAAGAAAGGCGGCGUCUUCGGAGACCUCGACUACAAACCCAACGACAUUGAAUCACAACCCAGAGACGUUACCCAAGAGAUGAACACGAUUGCUGCAAAACACCGCACAGUCAUCCCUCCACCCCUAUUGUCUACUUACACCACCACAUACAACUCCCACGACCCCUUCUUCGGAAGCCUCAUGCCGUCCAACAUCGAAGACCGCCUGCCUACCCCCGCCCCCACCCAUGUCCCAAGAGUGACCCUAAUCUCCCGUCCCUCGCCGCCGGCUCCCCCCCACGAGCCCUCUUUGCACUCGCUGUUUGUGCCGGCACCGCGCACUGAGGUCAGCUGGGAUGAGGGGAUAAGACCUGGCGCUCGGAGGCUGGAUUUAGGGCCUCAAUAUGAGCCCAGCUUCAUCGUACCGAGUAUCCAGGACACGUCGAUCCCGGAGGAUGGUUGGAGUGAGUAUAAUUAGAGAUGCAGGAGCUGGGGUUGGAGUGUAGGAUUAGAGGUGUUAUUUUAGAUAUCUGGAAUGGAGCGUAUAUUUUGUGCGUCAGAGUCCAGCGAUGACCCCUAUGAAUUAUGACUAGGGUUGGUUUCCGUUU